GCUUCUGCUUCAGCAGCCAGGAGAACGCAGCCACCACUGUGCUCUGUACAAAGAGCCAGACCCGUGCUGAGUGGAAACUGUUCUCCAGGUAGGCACAUGCACUCUGCAGCUGUAUGAGCAAUAAGGUUUUGGUCCUGAGUCACCAAGACAGCCUUCAGAAGCAUCAGGAUGUGACACACGGCCAGUAGCCACUCCAGUGCUGCCCAGGAUGUAGGUAAAUAGGAGAACCUCAAUGAGGAGUGCAGCAAGUCUUGGCUCAGCCGAGACAUAAUUCCCCCAAGCCACAGGGUUUUUCCCAGGAUAAAGGAGCUCACAGGAGAGGUCUGGUGCAGGAGGACAGAGGGCUGACUGGGUCUGAGGAGAGGAAGAGAGACUAUGUGGAGGCUCAGAACAGACCAGUGACAAGGAGGCAGCUUCCCUUGCACCAUGGCUUCAUUUCCCGUCCUGAGGCAAGAGACCUUGUUCCGGAACAGCACCUGGAGCUACCGCAUCCCAGCCCUGCUCUACCUGCCACGCUUCAGCCUCAUCCUGGCCUUUGCUGAGGAGCGGGAGGACCUGGUGGAUGAACACGCCAAGCUCCUCGCGCUGCGCAGAGGGGUGUACGACCCGGCCACCCAUGGUGUGCAGUGGAGCGGCACGGAGACCAUUGUCAGCGCACAGCUGGAAGGCCACCGGUCCAUGAACCCCUGUCCUGUUUAUGACGAGGUCUCAGGGAAGCUGAUCCUGUUCUUCAUAGCCAUCCCAGGAAAGAUCUCUGAGCAGUAUCAGCUCAGGACAAAGACCAACCUGGUACGUCUCUGCUACGUCACUAGCGUGGACCAAGGGCAGACCUGGAGCGCUGCCCAGGACGUCACCGAUGGCACCAUCGGCGCGGAGUACGAGAACUGGGCCACCUUUGCAGUGGGGCCGGGCCAUGGGCUGCAGCUGCUCGACAAAGCCCGCAGCCUGGUGAUCCCUGCCUACGCCUACCGGAUCCUGGGCCCCAGGCAACACCCCACCCCUCAAGCCUUCUGCUUCAUCAGCUCCAACCAUGGGGCGACGUGGCAGAUGGGGAACUUCGUGGAGGAGGAGAGCGCAGGGGAGUGCCAGGUAGCAGAGGUGCACACCUGUGGCAGCAGGGUCCUCUACUGCAAUGCAAGGAGCAGCACGGGAGCCCGCGUCCAGGCUGUCAGCUACAACCAUGGGGUGGACUUUGAGGCAGGCCAGCGGGUUGAAAUGCUAGUAGAACCUCCCUCUGGAUGUCAUGGAAGUGUUAUUGCCUUCCCACCUCCCCCGGAUGUCAGAUGCCAAGAUAGUUGGUUGCUCUACGCUCACCCCACACACCCAAAAGGUCGAAGAGAUUUGGGAAUUUACCUCAACAAAAGCCCUUUAAAUCCAACACACUGGACACAACCAAGUGUCCUCUUCAGGGGCCUGUGUGCUUAUUCAGAUCUGCAGUACAUGGGGGUUGGGCCAGAUGGUUCCCCCUUGUUCUCCUGCCUCUUUGAGUAUGGAACCCACCGACAGUGUGAGGAGAUCAUCUUUGUAAUGUUCACUUUAAAGCAAGCCUUUCCAUCUGAGCACUGAGUCCCUAGCUCUUCCAUGGGCAACCCUCUGAAAACCACCUUUGCUGAUACUUCUUUUACUGUCACUUUCCAUCUUUCAGCAAAAGGUUUUUUUUUUACUUCUCCUGCACCCUUAGCUGGUGGUGUGUGUGGAUUAUGAAGUCCAUUAAACAUAUGAAAAAUGAA